AUGCGUUCUUCCACUUUAUUAUUAGCAGCAAGCCUGCUCAGAUUUUCGCAUGGUACGCCCGUAAUCAUCGGCGAUACACAAUCCGUCCUGCAGGCUUCAUUGGAGGACCUGCCACGGGAGCAAGCCUCACGACGGCUACAUGGGAGGUUUCUGCAUAUCUCAGACCUCCACCCCGACCCUCACUACAAAGUCCACUCCUCGACCGGAGAGGACGAUGCAUGUCACCGAGGGAAGGGCCUGGCCGGUACAUACGGUGCAGAGACCUCUGAUUGCGACACGCCCUUCGCCCUGAUUGAUGCGACGUUUAAAUGGAUAGAGGACAACAUCAGAGACAACAUCGAUUUCGUCAUCUUCACAGGCGACUCCGCGAGGCACGACAGCGACGAAGAGAUUCCCCGACACGCGGAAGAAAUUCUAGAUACGAACAAGUGGAUUGCGCAGAAGUUUAUCGAUGUGUUCAGCAAGAAGAACGAUCCAGAUAAAUCCCUGGCGAUCCCCAUCGUCUCGACGUUUGGCAACAACGACAUCCUCCCACACAACAUCCUUCUCUCGGGCCCGAACAAAUGGCUGAAGGCGUACGCCGAUAUUUGGGGAAAGUUCAUACCAGAGGAGCAAAGACAUGGCUUCGAGAGGGGCGGCUGGUACUUCGUUGAGGUCAUACCGAAGAAGCUGGCGGUCUUCAGUUUGAAUACCCUGUACUUCUUCGACCACAACGCUGCUGUCGAUGGCUGUGCCCUGCGCUCCGAGCCCGGCUUCGAGCAUUUCGAGUGGCUCCGGAUCCAGCUUCAGUUUAUGCGAGUACGUGGCAUGAAGGCAAUCCUUAUCGGACACGUCCCUCCUGCCAGAACAGAUAGUAAACAACUUUGGGACGAGACAUGUUGGCAAAAAUAUACAUUGUGGCUGAAUCAGUACCGUGACGUCGUUGUCGGGGGACUCUUUGGCCAUAUGAACGUCGAUCAUUUUAUGCUCCACGAUACCAAAGAGGUCGAUGUCUUUAUCGCUGGUGGGGAUGCAGAAGAUCUCGAGUCUGUACGCACUUUAAUGGACGAGGAGCUUACAAUCGAGUCCGCAAAUGACUAUCUCGAAGAGCUGCGGGAAAAAUGGUCAGGCUUGCCAAAUCCCAACAUUGCCUCCAUGGAAGAUGAUCUGGAUAACCUCAAGAAGAAGAAGGGCAAGAAGGGCAAGAAAAGUAAGAAGGACAAAGCCCUGAAGAAGAUUGGUGGGCCAUGGGGAGAACGAUUCCAAGUCACUCUGGUCGGCCCCAGCAUUGUACCUAACUUCUUCCCGACUCUUCGAGUGAUGGAGUACAACAUCAGUGAUCUUGACCUCUCGGCGACCUGGGCCAACGCACAGGCGUCAGAUGAGCCGCAACAGACGGACUGGCUUGAAGAAGGAUUUGACUCAGCAGUUGACGAGGCAGAGGGCGAUGACGAGUGGUCAAUAAACAAGAAAAAGAAGACGCACAAGAAGCCCAAGACGCCCAAGACGCCCGACCUCAAUGUUCCGACUCCACCAUCUAAAACCGCGCUGCCAGGACCUGCGUAUUCGCCUCAAUCGCUGACACUGCUUGGCUACACUCAAUACUUUGCCAACCUGACCUACAUCAAUAAUGACAACUACGUUGUCCCGAACGAAGAAGACGUUGAGACCGACAAGUGGCGUGAGGGGAAGCACAAGGGGAAGCACCCCAAAGAUCAGAUACCUCAGCCAAAGCCCUUUCGCUUCGAGGUCGAAUACGACACUUUUACCGAUCCGAUAUACAAGCUGAAGGAUUUGACCGUGCGCAGCUAUAUGAAGCUUGCCCACAGAAUCGGUCGAUACCAACCUGAAAAAGGUGAUGAGGUAGACGACUCUUUUGAUGAGUAUGAGAUCGAUGACGAGGAGGAUGAAGAGGAUGAAUACGACAAUAAUUUUGGCAUCGAGAAGCACAACAAGAAGAAGCACCACCGGCAGCACGAGAAGAACAAAGUCUGGCUUAGCUUUGUCAGACGUGCGUUCGUUGGAACUCUAGAGGAAGAGGAUCUGAAUGCUUUUGACGAAGACUCGGGAGUGGAUUGGGAUUAUGAACGCUCGACACAUUUGGGUUGUCAUGCAUCAUCAGGCGUUGGUAAGCAUGAAUUCGGUAUGAUACCUGGUUCUCAUCCAUUGUAA